AUGCUACCCAAGGUGUUUAUUGAUGGGCAUACCGGUACCACCGGCCUUCGGAUCCACCAGUGGAUGGCGGACCGUAACGACAUAGAACUGCUCACCCUUCCGGAAGAACUGAGGCGGGACGCGGAAGAGCGUCGGGGCCAGAUUCUGGAGUCUGACGUUGCCGUGCUUUGCCUGCCUGACGACGCUGCCGAAGAAGUUGCCGGCUGGGUCGAGGAAGCCGACACUCGCCUGAUCGACGCCAGCACCGCCCACCGGGUGGCCGAGGGUUGGACGUACGGGCUGCCGGAACUUGAACCCGGGCAACGGGCAGCCAUACAUGACUCCAAGCUGGUAUCGAAUCCCGGAUGCUAUCCAUCAGCGUUUAUCUUGCUGGUCCGUCCAUUGGUUGACGCGGGAUUGCUCCCCGAAGAUGCGCCGAUUUCCAUCAAUGCCUUGUCCGGCUAUUCGGGCGGCGGGAAUUCACUAAUAGGCAAAUGGGAGAAUCCUGAGAAUGGCCUGGAUGCGCUGCCCUUCGAGGCGCCCUAUGCCCUUUACCAGCGGCACAAGCACAUUCCUGAAAUGAUGAAGUUUGCCCGGAUAAGCGCCGAGCCCCAGUUUGUGCCGGCCGUCGGCCCCUUUCGCUGCGGCAUGAGGGUACAGGUGCCAGUCCACGCGUCUAUGUUGAAGUCCGGCGCCACUGGAGAACAGGUCUGGGAAGCCCUGUAUGACCGCUACCUGGGAGAGCAGUUCGUCGAAGUGGCCCAUUUACAAGAGGCCGGCGCAUUGAACGAGCUCAGCUACAAUCCGGAAGUUUGCAACGACAGCAACCGAAUCCAACUGCACGUUGCCCCACAUCCGUCAGGGCACGUUUUGCUGAUCGCCCUGCUGGACAACCUGGGCAAGGGCGCCUGCGGUGCAGCUAUUCAAAACCUGAACCUGAUGUUGGGGUUUGAGGAAGGGGCGGGGCUGCCCAACUCGUUAUAA